AUGAGUUUUUCUGGGGAUAGAGAGCUCAGGGUGAUCGUCAUCGGGGCAAGGCAUCUGCCACAGAAUUUUGGAUUCACCAGAGUCAACAGCUACAUCGUCAGGGUAAAACUUUUCCCUGGAAAAGAUAAAUUCGAGACAACAACGAAAAAUGAAUCAUGGCCUCAGUGGAACGAGGAGUUCGUAUUUCCCCUUCGAAAAGAGACAAAAGUUCGAUUUGGAAAAUCGAAAGUGACUGAAGAAGAGAUCGACGGAUCGAGACUAAUAAUCGCGACACUAUACGCAAUCCUGGAGGACAAGCCCCUGGUGGCAUCUGAGAAGAAGGAAAUGGAUAAAGAUAAAUCGAAGAAGUCUCCAGAGAAGGACUCGAAGAAGAAAGACAGCUCUGGAGCUUCGGGCUCGCAGGAGACAAAAUCCAACAAAUUGCUGAGCCAAUUCUUCAACAAGAGCCAGGAUAAGGAGGAUAAAACCCCAGAGAGGAGGAAGAUCGAUCAGAGGAGGACUGUGGGUGCUACGACAAUCCCUCUGGACCCGAAGAACUUCGGGAUAAAGCCACCAAGGCCAAAACACCCAGAGGAUGUCUCCACUGGAGAUCUCUGGAAACCUCUGAGACCUAUUGCCAGUGGAAUCUCUGGAGCUGAAGACAGGAGGGAGAAUAAGAAGGGACAGGUGGAGAUGGUCCUCAUCCAGGAGAAGAGCGACAAGAAGGACGUGAGCGAGGGCAAACUCGUCCUGAGUUUGUCCAGACUCAGGUGUUCCCUCCAGACGAUGCACGAGCAGGAGUCGUUGAAGGGACAAUUGUAUAUUAAAAUGUCAGUGGUCGAGGGUGGAAGGGUCACUCACUUCUGGAAGAGCGAUCGAUUC